AUGCCGCCAACUCAGUUCGUCCAGGGCAAUCUGUACAAUACCAACUACACCAGCGUCGUCGGCAUCUCCAAUGACGAAAUCGCAUACAUCAGCUGCGACACCACCGACUACAACGGCUACGACACUGCGCAGGGCGUCUUCGAACAAACCUACUUGCAAGGCAACAUCUCGGCAGUCAUACUGUACAGCAGGACGUCGGACUACUGCAACUACACUCAGGAUAAGACACAGGUCAUGAUGGACGAGUUCGCCAUAUACUCGAUGACGAACAGAGCGGACUCGGCAAAGGUGCGCAACGACAUCAUCGACAUGCCGGCAGCCAUGAAAUACUUCGUCCAAGUCAAGGCGCGGGAUGAGGGGAACAACGAUUCCGGCAAUGGCCAAUACCAGCAGAACCCGCUGGGGCCUUCGCCUUCGACCGCCGUUGCUAUGAUCAUCCUGUACAGCAUCACCGGCAUCAUCACAGCAUUGUUCCUCGUCAUCAUCAUCACCGGCGCCGUACGCGCGCAUCGCCACCCCGAGCGAUACGGCCCUCGAAACGUACUCGGACGACCAAGGCAAAGCAGGGCAAGGGGAUUGGGACGAGCUAUCCUGGAUACCAUACCCAUCGUCAAGUUUGGCGAGAAGGAGCCGGCGAAACCCGCUGAUGUCGAACUGGGCUCGACGGCAGAAACACGGGAUGUGAAUGGCGUGAACACGGACGCGGAAGCGCAAGCGAGCGGAGGAACAGCUGCGACUCAGCACGAUACGGCUCCAGCUUCUGUGCCUGGUGCGACUGAGACAGCACAGGUCGUAACAUCGGACCCCGCGGAAGAGCAGCAAUCCGGCAUCGCGCCGGCACAGCCUGUUACCGCAGGUGCGACAGCGGGCACUGAUAAUGCUUCACCAGAUGAAGGUCUGGGAUGCUCGAUCUGUACCGAAGACUUUGAAAAGGGCCAGGAUCUCCGGGUUCUUCCAUGCGACCACAAGUUCCAUCCAGAAUGCGUGGACCCAUGGCUACUGAACGUAUCCGGCACAUGUCCAUUGUGGUAUGCCACCCCUCAUUCUAACAUGUCAAUGCUGUGCUAA